ACGAACAGUGAACAAAGAACACGCGCAUUAUGGAGUUGACUGAUAUUCGUUUGCGUGGCAUUAUGCAAUAUGAUCCGUUCAAUGGAACGCUCGAGCAGUGCCAUAAACUAAAGUACUUUCGACUGCCAAACGACUCGGAAUAUCCGCUUGAUUUAAAACGUGGCUUUGACACGUAUGUCCAUCGAAAUGGCGUCUUCCCCGGCGCAUUCGAUCUGGUGCAGAAGUACCUAAUGAAGGUGGAUCAGACGAAACAAUUGCUGCAGGAGACUGAUUUCAUUCUCAAUCGGCGUACACUCCUCAUGUUUAUGGAACCUACAAAUCAAUAUUCAAAGGUCUUUUGCUUUGAGGCUUUUCGUUUCAAGGAGUGCAUUUUUGUGAAGCUAUAUGACAAUUCUGAACAAAAUCAGGAUUUACGAAGUACAUAUGCCUUCAAGGUACGGCAGUAUCUACUGACUGAGCGCUUCGGAGAGGCUCCCAAUACGUGGACAUCAAUUGAUGAAAGGAUGCAGCAGUAUGGCAUGUUCUCGGCCAGGAUCGGCCAGUUCCGUUUGCUUUAUUCUGGUGAGCUCACGGGUCUGUCCAACACCGAUCCCCUCGGUGAUCUCACCGAUCAAAAGGAGUUAGACAAGCCUAUUUGA